UUUGCGUUGUUUGAAAUGGCUAACAGCGAGGAUGAGAUGGAAGAGGAUGAAACCGAGUGGAAGAACAGUUUCGUGGAUUCAGUCUCACUCAGCCCCGCUGCUGCUUCUGGUAAAGUUCAAGCCUCAAUAAGACAUCCGGACCAACAACUGCACACAGAGUCAUUCUGCAUUUUGACCUGGACUGCUUCUAUGCUCAGGUGGAAAUGAUCAGAAACCCAGCACUGAGAGAGGUCCCUUUAGGUAUUCAGCAGAAAUACAUCAUAGUCACCUGUAACUAUGUGGCAAGGGAUCAGGGUGUCACCAAGCUGAUGUCUGUGACUGAUGCUAAGGAGAGAUGUCCUCAGCUGGUGCUGGUUAAAGGAGAAGACCUGACACACUACAGAGAAAUGUCCUAUAAGCUGACAGAGCUGCUGAUGUCCUACUGUCCACUGGUAGAGAGGCUUGGAUUUGAUGAAAACUUUGUGGACGUCACAAAUAUGGUAGAAAGAAGGCUUGCCCAGACACCGGAGUCUAACAACCUUUCAUUCCAAGGACAUAUCUACAACCAUUUCAGUGCAGAUGUCAAACCCAGUGAUCAUCCGAGGUUGGCUUUAGGUUCACACAUUGCAGCAGAGCUGAGAGAAGUUAUCCAGAGCAAACUGGGUCUGACUGGCUGCGCAGGCAUCGCCACGAACAAGCUACUGGCCAAACUAGUGUCGGGCACCUUCAAACCCAAUCAGCAAACCACCCUACUGCCAGAGAACGUCAGCGACAUCAUGGGCUGUCUGAGCAGUGUCCGCAAAGUACCGGGAGUGGGUCACCAAACUGCUAAGAGACUUCAAGCCCUGGGAUUGGUCAGCAUGAAAGACCUUCAGAUCUUCCCAUUGAAUGACUUGGUGAGAGAGUUUGGAGUUCCCAGCGCUCAGCGCCUAAAGAAUCUGGCCCUUGGUGUUGAUGACUCACCUGUCGUCCCCAGUGGGGCCCCUCAGUCUCUCAGUGACGAAGACUCCUUCAAGAAAAUCUCAUCAACUACAGACGUUUUGGAAAAGAUUCAAGAACUCCUGAGAAGUCUGGUGGAGAGGAUGCACAAAGAUGGCAGGCAGCCUCAAACCUUCCGGCUGACCAUCCGUAGAUACUCGGCGACCAACAAGUGGUUCAGUCGGGAGAGCCGGCAGUGUCCAAUCCCCAACCACAUAGGACAGAAGAUCUCCUCUGACAGCAGUGAUGAUACUGUGGUCCAGCUGGUCCCGUUGGCUAUGGAGCUCUUCCACAAGAUGGUGGACAGAAGCGCCGCCUUCCACCUCACCCUCAUUAACGUUUGCUUCAGUAACCUGCAGAGCAAAGGAGCUGCCGUCAGCGGAAAGGGCUCCAUUAAAUCUUUUUUCACACACAGCACGUCUGCCAGAAAAACACAAAUGUUGUCAUCACAACGCCAGGAUGAUUCCUCUCAGAGUGGAGAUAGUAACUGCAUGGAUCAUCAGUUCAGCACGCCAUGCUUGAUUACUGAACCUACCUCACAAAAGACAGUAACCACAAAACGCCCUCGUAGCUCUGAGGCAGGAUUACAUGGGUUUAAAAGAAAACAGAGCCCUGUUGUUGCUGUAGAAGACCCUCCACUUCGGAGAAUAUCCUGCAGCACAGCAAGGUCGGACCCUGGAGAAACAAAUAUCGCACACCGAUUGCCCCCGAAUGUUGACCCCGAAGUGUUCUGGCUUCUCCCUGAGGAAAUCCAGAAGGAACUGUUGUCUCCUACCUACACAAACCCUUUACCUGGCACUUCAUCAAGCUCAUCUGCAGUCGUUGAUGCCCCUUACGUAACAAAAAGCAAGUUGCCACAGUCAUUUACAGACUCACAAACUAUUAAAGACAUAAAGGAGGCUGCAGAAAAAUUGGUUCCAUCUAACAGGCCAACCACUGUAAAUCCCCACAGGCUUGACACAUACGUAUUUCCAGGAGAAAACAACAUGGAAGAAGGGAGACAGUCAUUCCCUCAGUCUUCUGACUGUGAGAUUCCGGGAAAUGUGGACCCUAAGGUGUUUUCUGAGCUUCCGCUGGACGUUCAGAGAGAGUUGAUGUCCGAAUGGAAGCAACAGAAGCCCAUCCUGAAGACGACCUCAUCCAGGAAACCAGGGAGAAACUUGAUGGCCAAAGACAGAAAGGCUGCAGGAAAAGGCAGUCAGGCAAACAAUCUUUUCAAGUAUUUCAAACCCAGUUAGAGAGGGACACAUAACUUCUGCUAAAGGUAAUUUAUGACGAAAACAAACUCAGAUUUUGUUAUGUUAUUUAUCUUAAAGAUCUUUUCAGUUGUUCUUGUGAUAUAUAGGGAGUGACAGGGAGUAAACAAAAUAAAAGAAACACUUAACAGUAUUCUACAAUAGCCCUUUAGCAAGAAACAAUUUGGUGAGGGUUUUUGCUGACACUACUGCAAAUCCAACUUAAAAAGGCAGCUACACAGAUAUGGAGGACUGAUUUCUGAUACAUUACUCACAAAAAAGUGGUUACAAUUAGAUUCACACCAGCAUUAACUAACACAAUUAAUGAAUUGAUCAAUGGUUUAGUUAUGUAAUGGGAUAUAAAAAAAACAACAGACUUAAAAAUAUUUAAAAAGUUUGAGCAAAAAAAAACUAGUAAGGGAACUAUUUGUCAAGAAUUAAUGUUAAAGCUUCACUAUUGAUUUUGAUCAACAUCUCUGACAAUCCCAAAUAAUA